ACGGUCUUAGAAGAUAAGGUCGGCCAACUUCCUACCCUCCCGCCUAUUACAGUAUUUCCUCUUAAUGAGGCAAAAACGUUUCCCAAGUUGCCGCAAAAGCGCUGCCGGGUAGACGUAUUUUGAGGUUAGGAAGUUGAGGAUUAGUAUAACACCACGGUCCUAACCGUGGUUAACAGCGAACAGCCCGCCAAAAAUGAAUUCAAACAUCAAACUAUUGAGAUUGGUUUAUACAAUUAUACUUUAUUAUAUCUAAUACUAUUAAUUAAUAAUAGUAUUGUUUUGUUUGCGUUGUAUCGAUUUAUAUUAAUAAUCGAUAAUCGUAAUUCAAGUUGAUCCAUGGCUUAAAUACUUUAAGCCAUGGGCUGAUCCAAACAUGAAAAACGACUAACGUUUAAACGUUGUCUAGUACUCUAGUCUCUAGUGGCAUUGUGGCAACUAUAAACCUAUUCUAUAGAUAUUCGAUUUUUGUUUGUUAUUUCUUUUAUAGUAGUUUGUUGUAUUCUGAAAAUGCCAAAUAAAAUUUGUUAUUUUCAUUGUAACAAAUCAGAGAAACUCUCAGUUUUAAUAUCCCCAAAGAUAAAUAUUUGAAGGAAAAAUGGCUGCAGUCUUUAGGGAUAGAUCAUUUUAGCCCUAACGAGGUUAUUUGUGAAAAACAUUUUCGGGAUGACUUAAUAAUUAGAUCAAAGGAUAUUGUUGACAAUUUAGGAAAUGUUAUUUUUUCAGCUCCACGUUUAAGACCUUGCUUGAAAUCUAAUGCAAUACCUCAUUUAUUAUCAUCCCGAAAAAGAUUAAAAUUUGAUGAUAAUCGAGAAAGCCAUCAAGUAAAUUUAUUUAAUAAUUUGCAAUGUUUUUUUAAUACUUUUUUCAAUUUUUUACCUUAUCUAUAUCAAUUUUAGACUGAUGAAUUAGCUAUUACACAUUGUCAAUCGUCUUCUACUACAAAAGAAACUGUUUUUUCUGAUAUUGAAGAAUUAGCCGAAGAAAAAAUUGUUAAUAGUGGAAGUGAAAUAGUUAAUAAUAUGGAAUGUGAUGUCAUUUUGGUUGACCAUGACUAUGUGACCAAUACUGCUGAAAAUCAGAAUGUUAAUGAGUGUCCUAAUGUUACAAAUAUUUCAGAUUUUAAUGUUUUUUCGAACAAUGAGGAAAUUGUUUAUAACACGAUACAACUUUGGGAGUUAACAUUGCCUCCAAAUUGGCAUAAAUAUUUGUCCAAUGACCAAACCACAAUAGGAAUUUCAGAAAUAAUUUUUAUAAAAAAUAGAGAUAACAUAAAUUCAUUUUUACGUAAAACUAUAAUUAUUGAAAAGGAUUUAAAAAUAACAUGCAAUAUAUUGGGGAAGAAUAUUAAUGCCGAUAACUUCCAAAAUGCAUUAGAUAAAGUGAUUAGUCAACAACAUUUGGAAAAUGUCAUUAAAGAAGCAGCAACAUUUAAAAUUUGUAGAGGUUUAGACUUCUUACAUGACAAAAAGAGCAGUUCAUAUUUAGCUACAAAUAACGAUAUUAUAGUUGAUACUAUGUUACACAAACGUAACUUAAAUUGUUCUAUAAUAAUUCCACAUGGUUAUUAUUGUUUCCCUUGUGCAAGAACUAGAAAGAUGUUGAAGCAGCGCUCAGCUCGAUUAGUUGCACAAUGCUCACCAAAACGAGUUACAUUAAAAAUGACACCCAAAAGUAAAAAAAAAUUGUCCUUAUUACAAAAAAGAAAUGAACUCUUAAGAAAACAAAAAAAAAAUUGCAUAAAUAAAAUAAAACUAUUAAGACAAAAUAUGUCUGAAUUAAUGUCUAAAUUUGAAAAUGUGUCAAAAGAAAGUAUUUCACAGAAACUUACUGAGAUGAACUGUAGUGGAUACCAGAAGACAAUCAUUGAAGAAAUAGUUUCAGCUGCAAAGAUCAGCAAUCCAAAAGGGCGGCGGUAUUCUGAUGAGUGGAUAAUGCUUUGUAUGUUAUUGCAUAUACGAACUCCUAGUGGCUAUAAUUUUUGUAAAAAAAAUGACAUACUGCCACUUCCCAGUGUCAGCUCUUUAAGACGAUAUCUAGCUAUGAUAGAUACGGCUUGUGGUUUUGAUAAAAACUUUUUUACAUUAUUUAAAAAACACUUGGAACGCCAAAACUACAAUGCAAAAACAUGGAAUUAUUUUGGUGGAUGA